CCUGGGGAGCGGAGGGCCAGACUCUAGGAAAGGGAAUGGAUGGAGUAGGCCUGGGUGCUGUUGAGCCCAGAGGAGGGGAAGUAGGUUAGCUCUGGGCCCAAAGGGUUCCUGGCAGCUUAUUCUGGGUAAAGAGUUGGUCUUGAACCUCAGAAGGCAGGGGAACCACAUCCUGGUCUCACCCUCCUGCCUACCCACUCUAUCAUCAGGAGCCAUUUAAGCUCCACCCUCCCCCUCAAACACUUAGGCAAGCUGCCCACAUGCUGCCCCCACCACCUAGUGACCCAGAUAUCGCCAUCAGCGACAUCCUCCCUCUUCAUGGCCCCACACACCUGAGGUCCUUGGCAAGUGAUAUCUGAGCCCUGUGUUCAUAGGAAGUCCUCCCUGCCAUCUGGUGACCAAGGCCUGCUUACAAGUAGCGGGUCACUCCUCUUCCCAGACCUUACUGCUCAGGUCCCCCUCGCCAACUGGAACACCCUCUGACAUGGCCUGGAUACUGCUGCUCAUCUUUAUCUUGGUCCAUCCAGGAUCCUGUGCUCUCUGGGUGUCCCAGCCUGCUGAGAUUCAUACCCAGGAAGGCACUGCUGCCUUCUUGCCCUGCUCCUUCAAUGCCAGCCGAGGGAGACUGGCCAUUGGCUCUGUCGCAUGGUACCGGGACAAGGUGGCCCCAGGAAAGGAAGUGAAGAAUGGGACACCCGAGUUCAGGGGCCGCCUGGCCCCUCUUGCCUCUUUCCGAUUCCUCUGUGACCACCAGGCUGAGCUGCACAUCUGGAAUACCCAAGAGUGUGAUGCCGGGGUCUAUGUGUGCAAGGUGGAGGUGCUGGGCCUGGGUGUAGGAACAGGGAACGGAACUCUACUGGUGGUGGAGAAAGGACCUUCUCAGCUAGGGGACAGUACAGUCCUCCUCCUCCGGGCUGGAUUCUAUGCCUUCAGCUUUCUCUCUGUGGCCGUAAGCAGCACCAUCUAUUACCAAGGCAAAUGCCACUGUCACCUGGAAACACAUUGCCUCUCCUUGAAUGGCCUCUGAUGAGUGUGAUUCCAGACCUCAGUGAUCACAGCUCUCUUUAAGAGACUCUAAUAAAGCCCUCUCUGCCCAACCACUAACUCCUUCUUAUGAAUCUCAUGUAUUUCUUCUUCCAUUCUCCAGAUGCCCCAAUAUGCCUCUCUUGGGGUCCCCUUACUCUUAACUCUCCCUUCUACAAAGUCUGGGCUAGAAUGGUCUGAGGAGGGAGCUUCUCAGUCAUCAAGCCUAGAGCCCCCUCCCACCACCAUCCUGGGGCUCAACACACCCUCCUCGCCUGAGCCCAGGAGGCUGAGUCUCAUUUUCCUGAGAAACAGGGAGUAUCAGAUCUGAUUAGUCCUGCUUGUCAACCUUCCCAUGCCAGCC